AAAAAAGAGUUUGACGUGGACGCCCUCAGUAAAUCAGAGCUGCGGAUGCUUCUCAGUGUGAUGGAAGGGGAGCUAGAGGCCAGAGACCUUGUCAUCGAGGCCCUGCGGGCUCGCAGGAAGGAGGUAUUCAUCCAGGAACGGUAUGGGAGAUUUAAUCUAAAUGACCCCUUCUUGGCACUCCAGAGAGACUAUGAAGCAGGUGCCGGUGACAAAGAGAAGAAGCCGGUUUGUACCAACCCCCUGUCCAUCCUAGAAGCCGUCAUGGCCCACUGCAGAAAAAUGCAAGAAAGGAUGUCCACACAGCUGGCUGCUGCUGAGAGCAGACAAAAGAAGCUGGAGAUGGAAAAGCUUCAGCUACAAGCCCUGGAGCAGGAGCACAAGAAGCUGGCUGCGCGCCUGGAGGAGGAGCGCGGCAAGAACAAGCACGUGGUGCUGAUGCUCGUGAAGGAGUGCAAACAGCUCUCCAGCAAAGUCAUCGAGGAGGCUCAGAAGCUAGAAGAAGUAAUGUCCAAACUGGAAGAGGAAAAGAAAAGGACCAAUGAGUUAGAACAGGAACUCUCUGCUGAGAAACGAAGAAGCACAGAAAUGGAAGCUCAGAUGGAAAAACAACUCUCUGAGUUUGACACAGAGCGGGAACAGCUUCGUGCCAAGCUACACCGAGAAGAAGCACACACCACUGACCUCAAAGAGGAGAUAGACAAGAUGAAGAAAAUGAUUGAGCAACUGAAAAGAGGAAGUGACAGCAAACCAAGCCUCUCUCUCCCACGGAAGACAAAAGAUAGGCGAUUGGUUUCCAUAUCUGUGGGAACAGAGAAACCUAUGACAAGGUCUGUCGCUUGCCAGACGGACCUAGUGAUAGACAGCACUGACCAUGUGAAGAAGUUGCCUUUGACUGUACCUGUAAAGCCUUCCCCGGGGAGCCCCCUAGUCUCUGCAAAUGCAAAAGGGAAUGUGAGCACCAAUGCAGCAUUGGUCAGACCAGGUAUUGACAGGCAGGCUUCCCAUGGUGACUUGAUCAGCCCCUCUCUACCCACUGUCCCGCCACCAAGUACGAACAGAAUCGAGGAAAAUGGACCAAGCACUGGCUCAACACCAGAUCUCACAAGUAGCACACCCCCACUUCCUAGUAAUGCAGCCCCUCCUGCUGUCCAGACACCAGGCAUCGCUCCCCAGAACCCCUCGCCAGCCCCACCUGUGCACAGUUUACAUUCACCAUGUGCCAAUGCAUCUUUGCAUCCAGGUCUAAAUCCACGAGUCCAAGCAGCUAGGUUUAGAUUUCAGGGCAAUGCUAAUGACCCUGACCAAAAUGGAAAUACGACCCAAAGUCCUCCAUCAAGAGAUGUGUCUCCUACAAGUCGUGACAACCUAGUGGCCAAACAACUAGCUCGGAAUACUGUGACCCAAGCACUGUCAAGAUUUACAAGCCCUCAAGCUGGUGCUCCGCCCAGGCCUGGAGGACCCUCCACAGGAGAUGGUGGUACUCAUCCUCCAGUUGGUCGGGCCAGUUUAAAGACUCCCGGUGCAGCAAGAGUUGACAGAGGAAAUCCUCCUCCUAUCCCUCCAAAAAAACCAGGGCUCUCCCAGACUCCUUCUCCACCACACCCUCAGCUCAAGGUUAUUAUGGAUAGCAGCAGGGCCUCCAGUGCAGGCGCCAAAGUUGAUAACAAAACUGUGGCUUCACCGCCUUCCAGUUUGCCACAAGGGAACAGGGUAAUAAAUGAGGAGAACCUCCCUAAAUCAUCCUCCCCUCAGCUGCCACCAAAACCAUCCAUAGAUUUAACUGUGGCACCUGCAGGCUGUGCCGUUUCAGCCCUGGCCACGUCUCAGGUGGGUGCCUGGCCUGCUGAAACCCCUGGACUGAACCAACCUGCAUGUUCAGACAGUUCCCUUGUCAUUCCUACCACCAUUGCCUUUCGCUCUUCCAUAAACCCUGUUAGUGCCUCAUCCUGUAGACCAGGAGCCUCAGACAGCCUCCUGGUAACAGCAUCAGGCUGGUCACCCUCCCUAACCCCUUUGCUAAUGAGUGGUGGUCCUGCCCCCCUGGCUGGCAGGCCCACCCUUCUUCAGCAAGCUGCUGCCCAGGGAAAUGUCACUUUAUUAUCAAUGCUGCUUAAUGAAGAAGGACUGGACAUUAAUUACUCCUGUGAAGAUGGCCAUUCUGCCUUGUAUUCUGCUGCUAAGAAUGGACAUACAGACUGUGUGAGAUUGCUGCUGAAUGCAGAAGCCCAAGUCAAUGCUGCUGAUAAAAAUGGCUUCACACCCUUGUGUGCUGCAGCUGCUCAGGGACAUUUCAAGUGUGUCGAAUUAUUAAUUGCAUAUGAUGCUAACAUUAACCAUGCUGCUGAAGGAGGACAGACACCUCUCUACCUGGCCUGUAAAAAUGGAAAUAAAGAAUGUAUUAAACUCUUGUUGGAAGCUGGAACUGACCGAAGUAUAGAAACCAGAGAUGGCUGGACACCAGUUCAUGCAGCUGUGGACACUGGUAAUGUGGACAGCCUCAAGCUUCUUAUGUACCAUAGAGCACCAGCUCGUGGAAAUUCUUUGAAUGAAGAGGAGCUCAAAUCCGGCAUCUCAGUCAUGGAUGGAGAAGAGGAUCGUGCACGCACAUCCGAGCCUGUUGUUUCUGCAGACCUCAUUAACCACGCUGACAGGGAAGGCUGGACAGCUGCCCACAUUGCUGCUUCCAAAGGUUUUAAGAACUGCCUAGAAAUCUUGUGUAGGCAUGGAGGGCUCGAGCCGGAGAGAAGAGACAAGUGCAACAGGACUGUGCAUGAUGUCGCCACUGACGACUGCAAGCAUUUGCUGGAGAACCUGCAUGCUCUUAAAAUACCCUUAAGGAUUUCAGUGGGGGAGAUUCAACCAGGCAACUAUGGUUCUGAUGACUUUGAAUGUGAAAACACAGUAUGUGCUUUAAAUAUCCGCAAACAGACAUCAUGGGAUGAUUUUUCAAAAGCAGUGAGUCAAGCUCUGACAAAUCAUUUCCAAGCAAUCUUUUCUGAUGGAUGGUGGAGUCUGGAAGACAUGACAUUUAAUAACACCACUGACUCCAGUGUCGGCCUCGGAGCAAGCAGUGUACGAUCCAUCUCACUAGGAAAUGUGCCGUGGUCAGCUGGUCAGACCUUCAGCCAGGCCCCAUGGGACUUCGUGAGGAAGAACAAGGCAGAGCAGGUGACUGUGCUCCUGUCAGGUCCUCGAGAAGGCUGCCUCAGUAGUGUGACAUACGCAUCCAUGAUCCCUCUUCAGAUGCUGCAGAACUACCUCAGGCUGGUCGAGCAGUAUCAUAAUGUCAUUUUCCAUGGCCCAGAAGGAAGCUUGCAAGACUACAUAGCACAUCAGCUUGCACUCUGCAUGAAGCAUAGACAAAUGGCGGCAGGAUUCUCCAGUGAAAUAGUAAGAGUUGAAGUGGAUGCUGGUUUCUCCAAGGAACAGCUAGUAGACCUGUUCAUCAGUACUGAUUGUCUGAUCCCAGUGAAACAAUCUCCUGUAAAGAAGAAAACCAUCAUCAUCUUAGAGAAUUUGGAAAAGUCAUCUUUGUCAGAGUUACUGGGGGACUUUUUGGCACCGCUAGAAAAUCGCAGCACUGAAAGCCCCUAUACUUUCCAAAAAGGGAAUGGGACAUCUGAAUGCUAUUACUUUCAUGAGAACUGCUUUUUGAUGGGAACCAUUGCCAAGGCCUGUCUGCAGGGCUCUGACUUGCUGGUGCAGCAGCACUUCCGCUGGAUUCAGCUGCGGUGGGAUGGCGAGCCCAUGCAAGGACUGCUGCAGAGGUUCUUAAGAAGGAAAGUGGCGAGUAAGUUCAGAGGUCAGGUGCCUUCACCCUGCGAUCCCGUGUGCAAGAUCAUCGACUGGGCUCUGUCUGUCUGGCGUCAGCUCAACUCCUGCCUGGCCCGCUUGGGCACACCUGAAGCGCUUCUGGGCCCAAAGUAUUUCCUAGCUUGUCCUGUAGUCCCAGGACAUGCCCAAGCAACAGUGAAGUGGAUGUCAAAGCUGUGGAAUGCUGUCAUUGCACCCAGAGUUCAAGAAGCGAUAUUGUCAAGAGCCUCUAUGAAAAGACAACCUGGUGUUGGGCAGACAAUGGCUAAAAAACACCCCAGCCAAGGACAGCAGGCUGUGGUCAAAGCUGCUCUCAGCAUCUUGCUUAAUAAAGCUGUAUUGCAUGGCUGUCCCCUUCCCAGAGCAGAGCUAGACCAGCAUAUUGCGGACUUCAAAGGAGGAAGCUUCCCCUUAUCCCUAGUUUCGAGUUACAAUUGCAGCAAGAAGAAAGGCGAGAGUGGUGCCUGGAGAAAGGUGAACACCAGUCCUCGAAAGAAGUCUGGCCGUUUCUCUUCACCUACCUGGAAUAAGCCGGACUUGAGCAACGGAGGUAUAAAAAAUAGGACUAUGUCACAUCUGAGCUGUAGCAAGAAUGCUUCUCUGUCAAGACAAAAGUCCUUAGAAAACGAGCCAUCAUUGACAUUGAAUUUGGAUCAAGGACUCUCUGUGAGCUCAGAUGACGAGGCAGACCUUGUCCAGGAACUUCAGAGUAUGUGCUCCAGCAAAUCCGAAUCUGAUAUAAGCAAGAUUGCUGAUUCCAGGGAUGAUUUAAGGAGGUUUGAUUGUUCAGGAAACAACCCUGCAUUUUCAGCAACUGUUAAGAAUCCAAGAAUGCCAGUGUCUCAAAAGGUCAGUCCUCUCAGCAGCCAUCAAACUACUGAAUGCAGCAACAGUAAAUCAAAGACUGAGUUGAGUGUUCCAAGAGUUAAGUCUUUUCUUCCUGUUCCUCGAAGUAAAGUCACCCAGUGUUCCCAGAACACCAAAAGAAGCAGCAGCAGCAGUAAUACAAGGCAAAUAGAAGUAAACAACAACUCUAGAGAGAAUUGGAACUUACACAAAAAUGAACAAAUAGAAAAACCUAACCAAUAGGCCUGCCUACGAUAUUCUCACUAUUAACAUCUUCUGUAUAUUUCACACAGAAACCAGGACAAGAUGUAAAUACCUUUAAAGGAAUAAAAUAGUUCCACUGUAAUAUAAAGUAUGAGUGCGGGACCACUAUUCGACUUUUUUUGUAAAGAAUGUAUUUAUAACCAACAUUUUGUUGCUUUUUAAAAAAAUAUUCUGUAGGAUUGAACUUCAGUACCAAGAAGUUAUGCCAACUUUUCAAGUAGUUUUAUAAUAGAAAAAUUGUAAUAGUUUUAAUCAAGAUGUUCAGGGGUAUAAAAGCAGAACUGUGUACUGUAUAGCUAUAUAUAUAUGUACAUAUGUGUGUGUGUAUAUAUAUAUAUAUUUAAAGAAAUCCACAAAUUACAUUGCAUACUACAUGUUACAAAACAUAUUCACCAAUGACUUAGAUAACAUGUACCAUUUGAAAUGGCAAUCAAUUUUUCUGUUCACAGGAUGGGAAAGGACUAGAAUGGGGCAAUAAAAGACAUUUUAAAAGUUAUUUUCCAUUAAAAGCCAUAUUAAGUAUUUUGCCUGGUAAACUCUAGUUUUACAUUUUAAACCUUAGUGGUUACAUUGCCAUUUGGUUGCAUCAUGUAUAUUUAUGCUUAUGAGUUUGCAUUUUGACUCUUAUAAACUAUAAAAAUUAUAAUGCAAUAAAAGUGUUAUCUUUCUUACAAAAGUUUUGUACUUAAGUGAACAUUAAAAAAUAUACCUGCAUAAGUGCUUCAAUAAAUGAAUUCAGAGUUAACUCCCUCUUCAGUAUUAU